AUGGAAAUCUGUCUGACUUUUAUUCUUCUCUCAUCCACACUCACACUCACAGCAGCUGACAGUGUGAGGUUGGUGAAUGGUGGAAGUCGCUGUGCUGGGAAAGUGGAGGUUCUUCAGGAUGGACAGUGGGGAACAGUGUGUAGCAUUGGCUGGGAUAUGAAAGAUGCUGCAGUAGUAUGUAGAGAACUGAAUUGUGGGCAGCCUGUAAAUGUGCGGUAUACUUCUCAAUUUGGAAACGGAUCAGGACCAAUCUGGAUGGUUGGUGUGGACUGUAGUGGAUCAGAGUCGACACUGAAGGACUGUGUGUCAGCAGGGCGUGGGGACAGUUCUGGCUGUGAGCAUGUUCUUGAUGCUGGAGUCACUUGCUCAGGUAAACUGAGUUUGAGACUCACUGCUGGUCCUCACCGGUGCUCUGGGAGAGUGGAGGUGUUUCAUGGAGGUUCCUGGUCCACAGUGUGUGAUGCUGACUUUGACCAGCAGGAUGCAGAGGUUGUGUGUCGAGAGCUGGACUGUGGGAUUCCUGUGGAGGUUCUGGGAUCAGCUGCUUUUGGACGAGGGGAGGGUCAGGUGUGGACAGAGGAGCUUCAGUGUAGAGGAACUGAAUCUGAGAUUUACUUCUGUCCAACAUCAUCUUCACUCAAACACUCACACUGUUCCCAUGACAACGAUGUGGGAUUAAUAUGUUCUGGUCACACAGAGGCGCGGCUGGUGAACGGACCGGACUCCUGUUCUGGUCGAGUGGAGCUCCAGUACCUCGGUGAGUGGGGCACAGUUUGUGAUGUAGGCUGGGAUAUGAGAGCUGCAGAUGUUCUGUGUGCACAGCUGGAUUGUGGGAGUGCUGUGGCUGUGGUGGAGGUGGACUGGUUUGGGGAGGGGAGUGGCCACAUCUGGGCUGAUGUGUUUGAUUGUCAGGGGAAGGAGACACACCUAUCACGAUGUGGUGUCUCAUCAUGGAGUCGAGCUGCAUGCUCUCAUAAACACGACGCUGGAGUCAUCUGUAAUGGAUCAUCCAUGGUGUUUCAUGAGGGGCGAGUGCGGUUGUCUGGAGGGAGAGAGUGUCAGGGGGAGGUGGAGAUUUAUUUCAGGCAGCACUGGAGGAGAGUUCUCCUGGACUCGUGGAGUCUGUCUGAGGCGUCUGUGCUCUGCAGACAGCUGGGCUGUGGCUCUGUGCUGAACUACCGCUCCUCUCCAUCCACCACUGAACACAAACACAUGUGUGUAACGGGUUUCAGCUGCUCUGGGAGUGAAGCUCAUCUGGGGAACUGCAGCAGGCCACAAGCUGAACCUGUCAACUGCAGCUCUGGGGAACAGCUCUACAUCACCUGCUCAGGUGUGUGUAAUAAAGGCCCCCGCUCCAUCAGGUUGGUUGGUUCUGGGGGAGACUGUGCAGGAAGGCUGGAGGUUUUCCACAGCGGCUCGUGGGGGACAGUGUGUGAUGACUCGUGGGAUAUUGAGGAUGCCCAGGUGGUGUGCAGACAGCUGCAGUGUGGAGUGGCCCUCAGUACCCACAUACCAGCCUGGUUUGGUCCUGGAACUGGGUCCAUAUGGCUGAAUGAGGUGGAGUGUGAGGGGAACGAGACGUCCCUGUGGAACUGCAGAUUUCAGCUGUGUGAAGAGGGUGAAUGUGGACACCAUGAGGACGUAGGAGUCGUCUGCUCAGAGUUUAAAGAGAUCCGACUCUCAGAGGGCUGUGAGGGGAAUCUGGAAGUGUUCUACAAUGGAACCUGGGGUAAUGUGUGUUACAAUCAGAUGGAACAAGAAACAGGAGAUAUGGUGUGUCGAGAGCUGAACUGUGGAAGACUAAAGCUUUUAGACUCAACCAUAGCGAGAGUUGAAUCUGCUCCUAAUUGGCUGGAUGAACUGAAAUGUAGGAAACACGACUCUAAUCUGUGGCAGUGUCCAUCUUCACCCUGGGGACAGAACAGAUGUGAUAAUCGUGAUGAAGUGGCUCGUAUUACCUGCACAGAAGAUGGAACGUCUCUACGUACUCAUGGGACAUGUUCAUCAUUUCCUCUUCAGAAAUACUGCUCAAAGCACUGGUCUCUCAGGCUGAGUGGAGGAAAGGGAAGCUGCUCUGGGAGGUUGGAGGUGUAUCAUAACUCUACGUGGGGCUCCGUUUGUGAUGAUCGGUGGAACAUCAGGAACGCUCAGGUGGUGUGCAGACAGCUGGGCUGUGGGUCGGCGCUGAGUGAUGAUAGGAAUGUUUGGUUGGGUUCUGGUGAAGGGACUAUCUGGAUGAACAGAGUGAAGUGUCGAGGGGAUGAGAUUCACCUGUGGGACUGUCAUCAUUCCCUGAAGAACCACACUGACUGCUCUCAUGCUGGAGUCACCUGUGCAGACAUAUCCACCAUGUCCACUGCUACACCCACCACCACCACCACCACCACCCCCACCAAAUCAGUAAGAGCCAAUCCAAACCCUGUGUCACCUGGAGCUCCACCCACCCCUCCACUGGUUCUCUUUGUGUUGGGAACGCUGCUCUUCCUGGCCUUAGUGCUUCUUCUGGUACUGUUUUACCAGAACAAAGUUCUCAGGAGAGUUGCCUCUAGGACGAGGCGUAAGACUGAGCCUGAGGCAGUCUAUGAGGAGAUCAACCACAGAUACAUGGCUAGAAGAAUCACGAGCUUCACUCAAAGAGGUGAGUGAUAUGUGGACUGUUCUACAUCACACUUAUUGUAUUCUAUUUAAACUUCUAGCUGAAAUUCACUGCAUGGAAAUGAUCAAAUCCCUCAAUACAGAAUACACACCUCAAUGUAAACUCAGUGAUUAGAGCAAUAUUUUCCCCCAAAUCCAGUGUGAUUUAUUUCUUUAAAAUAAAUAAAUAAAAAUAAGCUCAAUGUGUGUGAGAGGAAAUGUGCAGUUAGAGUACAUGUGGUGUAGAG